CUCACCUGAAUUCUUCCAACCCACAUGUCUGACGACGAAUUUGAACAUUACGACCUUUCAGAAUUCACCGAGGAGGAACUCGCUCGUUUUGAUGUGCAUGUCACGAAAACUCCCUUGCCGAAGAUACUCGAUGACAGUCCAACUUUGGAAUCGCAGCGUGCGGGUCCCAGUAGCUUUGGUGGUGGACCUGCACUUCAUAUUACUAUUGAGUCCCUGACUGACGCGAAUCCUGUUGAGGAAAUCCCUAAACCUACUUCCAAUACGAGAGUGUCUCGUCUCUCGGCUAACACAAAGGCCCUGCAGCUAACUAGCACCCCUGUUUCUGGAAUGCGCCUGCAACAUCAUGCGAUAAAUCUCUUCGAGAAGUUUUUAUCUUGGAAGAAAGGGUUUUCCGUGACAGACCUUGUCUCACCUAUUUGGUGUGAAGUACAAUAUGAGUAUGGGUUAUAUGGAGAGCGCCACAAACCGCUAGAAAAGCGACCGCCCUCUUUUAAGUCAAGAAACGGCAAACAAAUUCAGGUCAAACAAAAUGUCGCACAGCAGCAGGACAGGACACUCAAGAGAGGGGCCUCUAUUCACAAAAUUCUGGAGCUGGAAUUGCGGCCGAAAAAAGUUUAUGUUCGUACAUCAACUGAUGAAGAGCGUUGGGCGUUACGUCUUUUCAAUUUGACUGCGGGCCUAGAACAGCUAAUUUCUGAGGGGCUAACGAGAGAACUUCCAGUUUUCGGAAUUACGCAUGGGCAAGUUGUUUUCGGAAUCAUUGAUGAAGUAACUCGGCGUGUUCCAUCCGAAGUAAAUGAAUUUCACAAUUCCGUCAAACGUAGUCCGAUCCCCCCCGAAUCAUCUCCCGUCAAGAAGAAGCAGCGCGUAUCGUUGUCCUCGUCCCAAAACAAUGCUAUUUGUCCACGUCAGUCUACUCCCGAGGAGACCUGCAUAGCGGAUCAGUCCCCAACCGAGGAAGAAAUUUGUGACAUUUCUGUGGCAGGAAGUUCAAUCACAAGGCCCAUCCAUCCCGAACCCACGUUCUAUGAUUUGACGAUUGUAGACUACAAGACUCGCCGCCUAUCAUCGCUACCCCCAGAUGAGGAUACGAUAUCAUCACAGAUGCAACUUAUGCUUUACCACCGCCUGCUCUCGCCGCUCCUCUCACCGGAAACCUUUGAUUUUGAUGUACUAUGGGCAAAGCAAGUUGUCGAUCCGCAUCGAUCAUUUUCCAAGAACUUUGUGGAAGAUAUCGGUUUGCUAACAAGAGAUCAAACAGACCUUCCUUUUCAUGUAGAUCUGAACUCCAUGGUUGCCGCAUGGGUGUCUGUCGUCCACUCGGCUCGGAGUAGCGGUGAACGACUGAGAGGCAUCCAUUCCGAGCUGCAAAUUAUCUACCGGAAAGCUGGGGUCAAUAAGGACUCGGUUCAUGAUCGGAAACAGAAGGCGGAAUCUAAUGAAAUGGCAGUUGAUAACCCCCCGAGGUCUUCCUCCCAAGAGGAAUUGGAUUUAGCUCGUGCCAUUGAAGAAAGUUUGCGCCCGCCUGAUCAGGACGCUGGAGAGGCUAGCACUUCUCAGCCUGCGAACCACAACUCAAAGAUCAUAUGUGCUGCAUCAAGCGAAGAACUUCUAAUUGAUGAGGUUAUUGACCCCACUAGCACUGUUCGUGAAAAUCCCGAGCCGAUAUCGGUAGUGCGAGGUUCGUUGCCUGCAGCAACCUGCGACAAUCCCGACCGCAAUGCACAGUCGAUCACUACGAAAGAUCUCGCGGCUGAUAAGUUAACUGACUUACGGGAGAACUGGACCCUUCCUGAUCAAAAUGGUGACUCUCCAGUCGAGGAAGAUACCUCCGGCCUUUCGACCAUAUUAGGUACCAGGAAGUUCUUCAUGGACGAGAACCGGCUCGAUGCAUAUCUUAGAGAUGUUCUCCAAUGGUGGUUUGGCUUUCGUCUGCCCAGAGGCGUUGAACUCGCACAGUCUGGUCGGUGUGGCACUUGCGAAUAUCAAGACAGUUGCGAAUGGAGAAAGCGGAAGGCUUCCGAGGCUAGUAGUGUCGCUCUCGGAAAGCGUAAGGUGACAUAGUCUUCAAGCAGCUAAAUUUGUUGGUUAUAACCCGAAACAAGCAAAGAAUACAACUACGGAUGUAUUCAAUUUGAUGCAUAAAGGGCUACUCGGUUAAACGACUGACUACUUUGUGGACCUAUAGACUCAGGCUUUUAGAGAUGCAAGAAGUUCAAUGCCUAUUCUUACCUUUUCUCGGCAUCACACGUCGCCCCCCAUGAUGUUUUGACAGG